AUGGAACCCUCAGCAUCUCGAUCGACAUCGCGCCCACGGCCAUCCUCACGCCCAACUACCCCUCUACGUCCCAGCUCCCGUUCGUCUUUCCGCGAAGCCCAUGGGUAUGGAAACAGCAUCAGCAAUGCCGGAUACACACAGCCCGCUAUUAAUGCAUUAGAGCCCCAAUUCGCCGAGCUCGCAGACUCCAUGGCUGAUCUCGAGGCCAACUUUAUGCAUCUCCAAUUACUCCACGAAAGCUUGACCCGCUUUAGCGAGAAUUUCGCUAGUUUCUUGUACGGCCUAAACAUGAACGCAUUUUGCGUGGAUUUCCCCGAGGCACCAAUCGCAGAUUCAUUUCGAAGAGCGAAAGAGGCGGAGGCACAAAAAGAAGCAGAGAAUGAACCAGUUCGACCCACCGAUGAUGGUGAAAUGACCUUCUUGUUAGACAACGGAUACAUCUUUCGUCGAACACCCACACAGUACAGUCUCAGCCAAACCGACCCCCAAAUAUUCGACAAGAGGUACAACUCGGGGAACUACACGGGGUACAGAUCUUUCUGGCUUGGUGUCAUCUGGACUGGCUUUGAGAUCAUUACACUGCGGGGCAUUGCCGGGCCUCGAAGCGAGCUGCCGCGGCAACCUACGCGCAUCGGACCCAUUUGGAGUCGGGAUACUCAAUUCACCUCAACUCACCGCGUCAAUACAGUCCACUAG